AUGGGUCCCUCGAAUCAGGGUGGUAGUCACGUGCUGAUCACCGGGGUAACAGGUCAUGUGAUGUUUAUCGAUAACCCAAUCUGCCUUUUGGGAACCAACACCGGAUCUCGUCUUGUCGUCUUGUGUGGCCCAAACCCCUCGCCAAUUCCCACGAACCGUUUGGCGACAUUCCGCACAGGUCAGAUCUUGCCAAAGAUCUCGGCAACAUGGCGGCAUCCAACGACUUCGUCGACUUCGACAUUAUCGAGGCCCAAAAGAGAGAAUGUCCAGUCCCUCCCCGGCGGCAGAUCAGCCCGAGAACUGGCACGGAUUUUCUCUGGAGGCAGCACAAGCGACAAAUUGUCGACACCCUCGCCAAACGACACAAGGACCAUCAACGGUGCAAUUCGCCAAGAAUACGAAAAUGAGUUGGAAUCAAUAGGAGAAUCGGACGAUCCCCUCGAUGUUUACGACCGCUACGUGAAAUGGACUUUGAACGCGUACCCGUCUGCCCAAGCUACGCCUGAAUCUGGGCUCCUCCCGCUGCUCGAACGUGCUACCAAGUCCUUCCUGUCAUCAUCACACUACAGGAAUGACCCGCGGUACCUUCGGUUGUGGAUGCACUACAUUAGACUCUUCUCCGAUGCCCCGCGUGAGACCUUUGCAUUCCUUGCACGACACCACAUCGGUGAGGGACUGGCGUUGUUCUACGAGGAGUUUGCCGCAUGGCUAGAGGGCGCCGGGCGUUGGACACAGGCCGACGAAGUAUAUAGGCUUGGCAUGGACCGCGAGGCUCGGCCGGUUGAGCGGCUCGCGAGAAAAUACAGCGAGUUCCAGCAACGAUAUGAGCAGCAAUCACAGGAUGCCGGGCCAUCUUCACCUGCUCUGCCCGCUGUUCGGCCCGCUCUGGCAGCUAAGAUGGAUCCAUUCGCCUCUACGGAGACCGCUGCCAACCCGCAAGCCUCGCGAUCAGCACCACAACCUGCUGCCCCUGCCAAGACGAAGUCUGGGAAGAUGAAGAUGGCGAUCUUCUCCGAUGCUGAUGCAGCACAGUCGAGUCAACCAGCGACCAGCGGACAAUCGAAGGGAUGGGACAGUAUCGGAUCGAUGCGAGAGCGUAGGAAGGAAAACGAGGUGGAGGCCAAGCCUUGGGCGGGGGAGACAUUGAAGGCGGGGAAGAAACAGGUGCCAACGCAAAAGAUGGCCAUUUUCAGGGACGAGUCCAAUCUAAAUCCACCUUCAGAACAACCAAGUGCCCCCAAGCAAAUUCCAGAACACCAUGUAAGGGAAGCGGUAAACCCGCGAACUGGUCGACGUGAGCGUGUUUUUGUCGACCUUGAAGCAGUAUACCCCGACCACAAAGAUCCAACGCAUGAAGUUAGUUUCGAGGAGUUGCGAGCGAUGAAACGUGGUUGGAUGAAUAAGAAUUGGCGUGAGCAUAAGGAGCCUCUGAAGCAAGUCUCUGGCAAUGCGGCUGGGGAUGCUCGGCCGACGAAACUGAAGGUGUUCAAGGAUGAGCCGCUGGCCGAAGGGUUGGAGCAAAAGCCAGCUCCUGAUGAACAGCCAUCUCAAUCACAACAUCAUGAUGGACCCUAUGAAGGCAAAACUGGAAAAGCGAGAAAAUUCAAGGUGCAGGGAGAAACGCAGACCAUCAAAAUGAAAUUCGACUCGCCGACGAGCUCCAAGGCCCGAAGGAAGAGCACUCGAGAGCCAACAAUGACUAUGCAUACUCGGGCUGCAACGGAUGAAAUCUAUGGCAUCUUCAAUCAACCAUUGAAAGCUGAGAUGGACGAUGCUGCUGAUAGUCUCUAUGGCAGCGAGUAUGAGGAUGAGGACUGUGCUAGUACCGUUGAUAGUACAGGCACCGGCCACAUCUCUGCGGCUUCGAGUGACUUUGGCGACGAUGAAACUCAUACCUUCCAUAAAUCUUAUGAUGACACGGAGUAUGGUGACGGCAACACGACCCGGGCUGACAGUAUAGCUGGAGGCGAUUGGACUGAUUUCAGCGUCAGCAAAGAUGUCCCUGGUGGUGAAUCUGCCGACGCUACGUCGCAUUCCGUUGUCAGUCAGGGAGAUGUCGAAUCCGAGCAUGGUACUCCAGAGAAGGAGAGGUUCAUACCUCGAAUGCCUGAUGACUAUAACCCUCCCUAUGGGACGUAUCGCGAUCCUGCUAUUAUGGCGCAGAACCGGCUGCCUUUCAUGACACCUAUUGUGGAACGAACCGAGUCGUCUAUCUCAAUGACGGCAGCUAGGAGUCUUUACAAUGCGAAGACUCCGUCGAAACCAAGGUCACCCUCUGGUGUGCCGCAAAUGGGCGACCUCCUUUCUAGUGAAUUCGGGCCAAUGACGCCCUACCAUGGGGAUCACACUGUCGGCUCAGCAGUUGAUGUCCCUUUUAGUCCGACUGCCUUCAAGGCUCUUGCCCCGAAAGCUCGCCGACGAGAAGCAAUCAUCAAGGAUUCGCAGUGCAAUCCAACGGACAAGGGAAUUCGCAAUACUAUCUUGAACUCCCUGGAUCCACCACUUGCUGCCUAUCCGGGAUAUCAUGGCCACGUCCAAGAUAGCAACUAUGCUAGCAUGAUCCAAAAGUUUGUCAAAGCGCACAACCGAAAAUCCCGAAAUGCGGAUGACGAUCGCUACGAGACGCCUACUCUCGACUUCCCCGGUGCUGAGCGUAGCUACACCAUCCGUCGUGAGCUAGGCGCUGGCGCAUAUGCACCCGUCUACCUUGCCGAAAGUGUGGAUCAUCAACGAUCCUACGGCUCUGACUCGGACGAAGAAAACACCGGCAAGUCGAACCCCUACGACAGCGCUCGAUACCCCUUCGAAGCAGUCAAAGUCGAAAACGGGCCCGCCAGCGCCUGGGAAUUCUACAUGAUUCGCACCGCGCACGAGCGUCUCCGCAACGCACCAAAGCACACCCGCGCCGUGGACAGCAUCGUUCGCGCCCACGAGCUUCACGUCCACCCACGGGAAAGCUUCCUCGUCGAAGACUACCGCGGCCAAGGCACACUCCUCGACCUAGUCAACAUCCUCCGCAACGACUCCAUCAGCUCUACACACCCCAGCGACGGCGGCCUAGACGAGUCCCUCGCAAUGUUCUUCUCAAUCGAGCUCUUCCGCACAAUCGAAGCACUCCACGCAACAGGAAUCCUACACGGCGACAUCAAAGCAGACAACUGCCUCGUCCGUCUAGACGACUCCCUCCCCACAGACCCACCCACAAAAGCUCUCUCCCUCCUAGAUCUAGGCGAUGGCUCCACAUCAACCGCCAACCCGCGCGAUACCCCCGCAUACGCACCAUCCGGCGCCUUCGGCUGGCGCGCCAAGGGUCUAGCCUUGAUAGACUUCGGUCGCGCAAUUGACAUGAACGCCUUCCCGUCUAGCGUCCAGUUCCUGGCAGAUUGGGAAACAGAGACUCACGAGUGCAACGAAAUCCGCGAAGCACGGCCCUGGACGCAUCAAAUCGAUCUCUACGGUAUCGCGGGCGUAAUUCAUAUCCUUCUUUUCGGGAAGUAUCUUGAAAGUGCGCCCGUGCGGACUAGUGAUGCCAAUGCUGGAGCUGGAAAUCGAACGUAUCGCAUCCGUGAAUCGCUGAAACGAUACUGGGACCGUGAAAUUUGGAGCGAUGUCUUUGAUUUAUUGCUUAAUCCCGGUGCGGAGAGGUGGAUUGCUAUGGAGGGUGGUGGUGACGGCGACGGUGCUGGGCCCGUGUUACCCGUUCUCAAGUCUAUGGCCUAUGUCCGGGGCCGAAUGGAAGAAUGGCUUACUUGCAAUGCGGAGAAGAAGGGUCUUGCGUUGCAAGUUCGACGGAUUGAAGCUGUUCUUGCGGAGAGGAAGAGGAAACUUGAGCGUGUUUGA